AUGCCUCGGCCAUUUCUAACAAACAGCGACGGACAACGACCCGUCUGUCUCCGCUGUCGACGAGGUUCUCGAGAUUGCCAGUGGAGCAACGGUUCUGCAAAGGUGCAACACUCUAGCUCCCCGGUGAACCCAGGUCAAAGCACAAAUUCUAGGCCUCGACCUACUGGGUAUGUCUCAACCAAAGACCCCGAAAAGACACUUCAACACCCCCAUAUCGCCGAAAUAUUUCGUUACUAUAUCGAGCAUCUAGCUGGAUGGUAUGAUCUUAAUGACGCAAAGCGACAUUUCGGUGACAUAGUCCCCUCCUGCGCUCGAAGGAACUCGCUGCUCCUCAGUGCAAUUCUAGCAUUUGCCGCUGCGAGUCAGAGCUCUUGUUACCUUAAUAGAGACCUAUGGGACUUGGCGGAGUCAUACCAUCUCGAGAGCGUCCAGACACUGUUACAGCUCACGAAAAGUCUAGAUGAAUUCUGGACCGGCGAGACGCUUGCCGCCAUUUGCCUUCUAAGAUCCUAUGAAAUAAUAUCACAAAAUGUAAGUUGCCAAAACCAUCUUCAAGGAUCGUAUUCCUUAUUAGCAAGCCGGCCUGCCGGGCUUGAAACGGGCUUACUCGGUUCUGGUUUCUGGAAUUACCUCCGGGAAGAUAUCACUGUUGCGCUUAUAGAGAAGCGAAGUCUCAUGAUAGACCUCUCCCAAGAGCACUUUCCUUCGACAGUUGGGGGCGAGGAUGGCCUUGCCAACAAGGUAACAUACCUACUAGGGAAGGUCAUCAACCGAUGCCUUGAUCGAGACGCGUUGCCCUUGGAACGGCAGGAGUGGGAGUCACUCAAAGAUGAGCUUGACACGUGGCGGGCAUCUCUACCAGCCUCCUUCCAGCCUAUCAAUACUGCGGGACUCUAUGGGAAAAGCGAAUUCUCGUGCCAAUGGACAGUCAGUGGGUGGCAUGCCUCGAGCUUACAAUACUACCACACUGCCUUGGCAACCCUGAUCAUUGCUGAGCCGGUGCACACAGCCUUGAAUGCGCGACAGCAAAUUGACCGAAUCAAUGACUUCGAAAGGGCGCUUGACUAUCAUGCAAUACAGGUCUCUUCCCUAGCCAUUUCUAGCCAUUCUGCGCCCGUGUGGGUCAAUUCGUUCGGGCCCAUCUCCUUCUGUGGGCCAUGGCUUAAAAGCCCAGCGAUGGUCCGCGAAUUGAUUGAGAAGACGAAUGAAUGGGGGAACAAGACCGGAUGGCCUGUUGUAAAUAUAGUUGAGUCGCUUUCUAGAUCAGAGUAGGAUAUCGAUAUGCCACGGUUGAUCCAUGGGUCUGUCUAGGUCUUAUCCGAAUCGUCAACCAAUAAAAAGGGCUUGUGGUUUAGUGGUAUAACGCUCCAUUCGCAUUGGAGAGGUCCCGGUUUCGAUUACCGGCGAGUCCACAGAUUUUUGCUUGGGGCUGGCAUUUCUUGGGCAACCAAGUCUUUCUGUACUUUUUUUU